UCCGGCCCUGGCUGCCGCCGCGGGGCGGGGGGGCGGAAAGAUGGCGGAUGUGGUCGUGGGCAAGGACAAGUGCGGGGAGCAGCGGCUCGUCUCGCUGCCCCUGUCGCGCAUCCGGGUCAUUAUGAAGAGCUCCCCCGAGGUGUCCAGCAUCAACCAGGAGGCACUGGUGCUCACGGCCAAGGCCACGGAACUCUUUGUUCAAUAUCUAGCCUCCUAUUCCUACAGACAUGGCAGUGGAAGGGAAAAGAAAGCACUGACUUACAGUGAUUUAGCAAAUACUGCAGAGGAAUCCGAAACUUUUCAGUUUCUUGCAGAUAUAUUACCAAAGAAGAUUUUAGCUAGUAAAUACCUGAAAAUGCUAAAAGAGGAAAAGAGGGAAGAAGAUGAUGAGGAGGAGAAUGACAACGAUGAUCAAAAUGAUGAGGAUGAAGCUGAAUCCUAAACCAAACAAGUGCUUUAAAAGUCAACCUGGUGAGGAGCCUCCUGGAUUAGCACCGAAGCGUAGCACUGUUGUGCCUUAGAGACUUCCGGUUUGUUGUAUUCUUUCCUGGCUAAGAUGAGCAUCCCACGCACCUACGCCAUAAACAGCCAAAGGGAAAGUAAUCCAGGCAGCAGUCUCGUUGCAGGCCCACACUGCAGUGAGAGGUCACCAAAAAAGGUGCCAGCACAGUCAGGCACUGCUGGUUGACCUGCUGAUGCUCCAAACUGUAGAGGCAAAGAUGGUUUUGCUUCAUUUUUUGA